CUAAUAGUAAUUCUUUACAACUUUCUGUCGGUUACAACCUCUCUGAAACUCAACAUAUCAAUGGCUGACUCCUUACCUCCAGACAUGUUAUCAGAAAUUUUCAAGAGGCUACCAGUCAAUCAUGUUCUGCGUUGCAUGUGCGUUAAAAAAUCAUGGUAUCGUGUCAUAAAAACUUGUAUUUUUGUUUCUCUUCACUUGAAUUAUCGACAGAGCGUCUCAAGUAAAAGGUAUCUCCUCUUUCACUCCAAUUACAGUGGUUUUUCAGUACAUUCUGACGAUAAAAAGUGCAGAGAAACGUACAAGUGGCGUCCUGACGACGUUGGUCAGACGUCGUAUGGGACGUCGAAUGGCCUCAUAUGUCUGUCAGACUUGGAGCUGGAAUAUGAUAGUCAUAUUUAUCUUUGGAAUCCUGCUAUUAGAAGAUCAAAACUUCUUCCCCCUUCUUCACUAUUUUUAGAUAUUUUCAAACUUGAAUUUAAGGGUAAGGUCUUCAAAAUGAGUUUAGCUUUCGGGUAUUCGUCCAGCAGGGAUGAUUACAAAGUGGUGAAAGUUAUGAUUUACUGUCUGGAAAAAGGUGCAAAGUGGUUGUCACUAGUAGAUGUUUAUAGUCUGAGAAGUAAUUCGUGGAAGGAAAUCGGCCAGGAGGUUUCGUGCUGUAAAUUAGGCCGUCCUGUGUUUGUGAAAGGAGUUGUCUAUUGGAUAGCGAAGAAAUGUGAUGGAAAGAGGUUAAUUUUGUGUUUUGAUACGGAGGAGGAAGUUUUUCGAGAGAUUUUGUUGCCAGGGUAUGAUUGUGCAUAUAAACUUGAUCACUUUGUUCAGAAGUUUGGUGAAUUGCUCUGUGUUUUGGUUUUCCACCCGCCUUCAGAAGCGGUUGACAUGUGGGUGAUGGAAGAAGCCGAGGUUUGGAGAAAGAUAACCAGCAUUGGUCUAGCAGACAAAUAUGGAUUGCCAAUGGGCUUCAGAAACAAUGGUGAAAUGGUACUAAGGAUGUUAAAUUAUGAAUUUGGAUUUGUUUCGUAUGAUCUUAAGAGGAAUAAGCCGACAGGGAUCAUGAAAUCGAAGCAUCUGAAGCCGUUUGGAUGGGAUUUCAGUGACGAUGACGAGAAGGAGGCUGUGGAUAAUUUGGAUCAAAAGGUCUAUUUUGUGAAUCCAUUCAUGGAGAGUUUGGUUUUGCUGGAUGACAAGUGAAGUCCAUUAGGUCCUUUCAGUUUUAGUUAUACAAUCAAGCAUCCUUUUUGUGUUCAUUUCGAUUCAUGUAUCCAGUUUAUCUUGAAUUCAGUUCAAUUGCCCUGAUAUAAGUUGUCAGUUUGCCUAGUUUAUA